AUGACCAAGCAGGGGAAUAAUAGAACCGGCUGUCCUUAUAUGAGCCGAAAGCACAAGGCUUCCAAGCACAAAGCCAGAAGAAAAGGGAAGGAAUUCGAGAAGAGCAAUGUAGGGCAGGGCUUCGAGACGAGGAUUGUUGUGGUCGGCGCAGCGCUUGAUAUAGAUAUACGAACCCCCCCAGCCAGAGUCGAGCAGCAGGCUAGGUCUGCACAGCAAGUGAAACCAACCCCAUACUCCCUGAGCCCGAAUCCUCUCCGAGCAGCCUUUGACACUCCCGACAUCAUCGCCGGCGAUGCCAGUGCGCUGAGCCGCAAGACGGUUCAGUCGCAUGCACCCAAUCGCAGGACUUCGUUUCGGUUUCCAGGGCCCUGGUAUCCAAGCUGGGGCAUGGCCCGUAUCUUUCGGGUUGGGGGAUCAAACAAGAUCGCUUUUGAAUACCCUGGUGAAGACUGCUGCGUCAUAUCGCCAGGAGUAACGGAGAAGUUGAGUUUUGAUACAGCCCCCAACAUCCCUCCUCGAGCCAAAGUUGCGUUGAGGGAUGCUUCGUGUCUCUGUAUGAAAGAUACAGCAAACGAUCUAGCUACGAUUCUCGGGUCGGUUCGUUAA